AUGGUCGAACCAAGCAACUCAGUGCCUGCACAGCUGCUGCGUCAUGUUCAUCUGGUUUCGAGCAACCCUUACCCCAAAUUACCCCAGGUGCACCUCGACAUUGCUGUUGAGUACCUGAUCCAAGCUCCAAGGAUCGUUAGAGAGGUUGCUCCAAUGAGUUGGAUGUACUUAGAUUGCCCACCAGAUGGAGAGGUUAUGCUCGUCUGGCAGCCAAGUCAAUUGAGGACUCAAGCGGCGAGCGAUGGAUUUGUAUGGGCAGACGCGGAGUCGGCGUUCAGUUCUGAAAUGAGGGGAUACACAGUGGAGAUGUACAUUCACAGAAGCGGAUACCGCCCGAACCUCGAAUCGCUCGCAACCCACUGUCGGCGCCGAUUUCGAUUAACGCCGUCCCAAAACCCAGAUCCCAGCGUGCCACCACCCGACCAGUCAUUAUGGAUCUGGCAUUACUCUCAAACGGAACCCCAGCAUCGCUUCCCGGCGCACCAAAUCCGAGUGAGUGAACAGGUGCGCCAGUCGUUGGCUGAGCGCGCGAAUCUCCAAAAAUUCGGUCAGCUAGUGCGCAAAGAAUUCAUGCUGCGUGAUAGCGCGAACUGGCCUACCGUCAAUCUUCCUGGCACUCACAAUUCCUUGUAUCCGCAGCAAGCCUCGGGUUAUCCAGGCGAUCAACAGCAACAGCAACAACAACAGCAACAACAACAACAGCAACAGCAACAGCAACAGCAACAACAACAGCAACAACAACAACAACAGCAACAGCAACAGCAACAGCAACAGCAACAGCAACAGCAACAGCAACAGCAACAGCAACAGCAACAACAACAACAACAACAACAACAACAACAACAACAGCAGCAGCAACAGCAACAACAACAACAAGCCUACAUACAGCAGCAGCAGCAGCAAGCGAAUGCAACCCAACACGGGGUUGGACCUUCACCAGCAAAGCGUCCGCGCCACGGGGGCCCCGGCCAUGUACACGGAUCAACUACAGCUAUUCCAACCCCCGUUGUAGCACAAGAUACCACAUAUGAUGAGGAAGAGGGGACUUCCGGGGGGGAUUAUAUGGAUUUUCUCACUCCCAGAGAUAUCAGCCUUCAUCGUUAUAGACAGCAUCAUGAAUGGCUUGAAGAAAUCUUGAACUCUCCAUACGAUACAUCGCAGAUUAUACCAGGCCAGCUUGGCCUCGGUAGGAAAGGCGAACUCGAGUCCCUCACUAGAGACUUCUUCGAUGCUCCUAUCGAGGCGACCCCAAGAGAAACCUUUCCCAAAUCAAAAGGAGAGUCUCCCGUGGAGGAUUCGGCCACUCCACGUGUUGGCAGGCUUGAGUCCGGGAAAGCAGAAGAUUUUACGAAGCGGGCUACUGAGAAGAUAGCUGAAAUCAAUGCAGAGAUGGAAAAGCUGAAGCGUCAACAUGCAAGACGGAUGGCGAAGCUCAACAAGGGCCGUGCCUUCAAAGAGGCUGAGCAGAAUCUCAGAGUCUCUACCCUCGAGAUGAUCAACGGUGAGGCCACCAAAGGCGAUGCCGUGCAGCAACACCGAGUAGACGAACUUGCCGGAGGAUUAGAAGCUCAGGUAGGAAAGAGUAUUAGGUUAGUCAAAGAUGUCGAAUGCAUAGACAAAGGCGGUCUCGAAGAGAAGUCGCAGGCCGAGGACGCCAAAGACCAGGACUACGAUAUGAUUGAUGCGUUUGGAAGUCGUGACGGCGCAACAGCUUCAGCGACUCCGUAUCCAGAGUCGAGAAGCCCGGGUUUGGCUAUUCCCAUGGAGUCUGCAGACAGCACAUCUAAUGUUGUCCAUAACAAUGCACCAAUAGCGGAGACUUUGAAUGAAGGAGACGUCAAGAUGGACGAAGUACAAAACACAUCUGAAUCUAAAGACACAACGGCGGAAGAUUGGGUCAUGGUGAACAAAGAGAACAACUCUACAGUCGGAGAAGACGUGCCCGAGAUUGAAAGCUUUCGAGACAAUUUAACCAUGCCGCCAAGCACAGGCGGACCAACCCCGAACGACAAUGCUACCGGCGAUAGUGUCUCGGGUUUUGAGCAAGGUGCAGGGGAGGACGCUGGAGAGAACUUUGAUGCCAAUGAUUUCGGCGAGGGUAUUGACUUUGGUGAUUUGGAUACUGCAGGACAAGAGUUGUCCGGUUACAGUCCAGGAAUGGAGAACCCAGGGCUUGACGACCGAGGCGAUUUGACAAGUGAGGGCGCUUUUGGAGAUUCAUUCCAAGUUAUGGACGAAGGUGCCGGGCAAGAAGAUAAGACUCCUGGGGUUUGA